UUUAUUCUGAGGGGUCACCGACGGAAGUUCUGCUUAGGGAGCGAGGUGUUGACUCGCAGUGAAAAAGUAAAACAGUGGCUGAAACGUAACUCGAGAGAGACCACAGACAACCACAGACCUUCAAUUACCAAAAAUCACAGACAGGGAGAGCUAGCUUGACUGUGUGACGUGCUAAAGUGACAUAAUGGACUACUCUGGUCUACUAACUGACACCAAGAAGCAAGUUCCCCUGAAGAGCAUUGAGGUGGAGCUGGAGGUGAGGGACCAUGUGGCGACAGUGGUCUCCACUCUGAACUACGAGAACAAGGAGGACAAACCUCUGGAGGCUGUUUUUGUCUUCCCUCUGCCUGGAGACGCUGCUGUCUGUCACUUCAGUGCUCAGAUUGGACAGACACAGCUUGUAGCUGUGGUUAAGGAGAAACAGAAGGCUCAUGAGGAGUAUGAUGAUGUGCUGAGCUCCGGACAGCAGGCCUUCCUGUUAAAGGAGAGCGAGCAGAGUCCAGAUAUAUUCACUCUGAGUGUGGGCAGUCUGCCUCCAGGAGAGAGCGCCUCCCUCAGGCUGGAGUACGUCACUGAGCUGGCUGUGCAGGCGGACGAGGGGCUGAGGUUUUGUCUGCCUGCUGUGCUCAACCCUCGCUACCAACCUCAAGGUAGUGAAGGUACCGGUGUGCAGGUGACCUCUGUUCCAGCCUCUCUGGUUCCCUACAGUCUGUCUUUUUCUGUCCGAGUGUCGUCUCCUCGUCCAGUCUCUAAAGUAGAGUCCAGCUCCUCUCUGGAGCCUCUCCAGUACGUCAACACAGAGCAGACCCAGGCCACGGUCAAGUUGGCUGCAGGACACAAGUUUGACAGAGAUGUUGAGCUGCUGAUUUAUUACAAAGAUGCUCACCAGCCCACUGCUGUGGUGGAGGCAGGACAGGCCUCUGCUGAACCUGGGAGUCUGAUGGGUGACCCAGUCGUGAUGCUGAGCCUGUACCCUGAGUUCCCCCAGUCUGUGAUGUCUUCACUCGCCUCAUGUGGAGAGUUCGUGCUCCUACUGGAUCGAUCUGGGAGUAUGGGUUGUCCGAAAAGUGACAUCAAGCAAACAGAAAAUCGAAUUGCCAGUGCAAAGGAUACUCUCAUGCUCCUGUUGAAGAGCUUACCAAUGGGCUGCUACUUCAACAUCUACAGUUUUGGCUCGAGCUUUCAACACAUCUUCCCUAAGAGUGUGGAGUACAGUGAGAAGAGCUUAGAAAAGGCUCUGAAGAUAUACAGUCUUGAGCAUGUUGCAAUGGUGCGUUAG